GCAAGUUUUUAGCCGUUUCCUUGUAGCAGCGCCUGUUAGCCUGUCAGCUGAUUUCACUCACAUGACUCUCGUUUUAGUUUCAGGUCAGUCCUGUUUAUCGGUGCUGUGAAAGAGCUCCGGGGACCAGCUUUCCACGGCGGAAACAUGGUGUUAAAGUUGGUUUAGGAUCCGAACGGUGAUAAUAAAUGGCUGCGGGGGUUCCCACGAAGAGCUGACCGACUGAGUGAGGAGAAAAGCGGGCAGGUUAGCUCAGCAGCGUCGGCAGAUUUGGUGAGCUGAUCACGGCUGACUUUCCGGGCACAACUGCUCUAUGAGCUCUUCACACCAACAAUAGAUUAUUAUUUUUUUUGUGUUUUUGGUUUUUACUUCCUCCGGGAGUUCAGAUAACCUCCAGAAUGAGUCCAGAAGGGAAGAAGCUUUUAAACAUCAUCAUCCUCGGCUUCGGCUUUAUGUUCAUGUUCACAGCCUUUCAGACAUGUGGCAAUAUAGAGCAAACAGUGAUCAAGAGCUUCAACAGCACCGAGUUUCACGGGAGUGGAUACACGAGCAUGGCCAUCAUCUAUGGCGUUUUCUCUGCAUCCAACCUCAUCGCCCCGUCGGUGGUGGCGGUCAUCGGGCCCCAGCUCUCCAUGUUCUUCAGCGGGCUUUUGUACAGCCUGUACAUCGCCAUGUUCAUCUACCCGUACACCUGGAGCUUCUACACGGCGUCCGUGCUGGUUGGAAUAGCAGCAGCAGUGCUGUGGACAGCUCAGGGGAACGUCCUCACCAUCAACUCCACGGACAGCACCAUUGGGAGAAACAGUGGUAUAUUCUGGGCGCUGCUGCAGUUCAGCUUGUUCUUUGGAAACCUCUACAUCUACUGCGCCUGGCACGGACACGUCCACAUCACAGACAAGGACCGGCGGACGGUGUUCAUCUCUCUGACGGUGAUAAGCCUGGUUGGCUGCUUCCUCUUCUUCCUCAUCAGGAAGCCUGAUUCUGAAUGCUCUUCCUCUGCUGAGGCGACUGAGCCGCUGCUGCAGGAGGAAUCCUGCGACAACACCGCAACCAGCUCGGGAUGCUCUCACCUCUGCUCUCAGGCGCUCGACGCGUUCGUCAGAGCGUGUAAGCUGUUCAUCACCAAAGAAAUGCUGCUGCUGGGCGUCUCCAUCGGAUACACAGGUUUGGAGCUGACCUUCUACAGCGGCGUGUACGGCACGUGCAUCGGCGCCAUGAUGAGCUUCGGCCAGGAUGCGAAGAGUUUGAUCGGGAUCUCUGGGAUCUGCAUCGGCGUGGGCGAGAUAUUAGGUGGUAGCGUGUUCGGGAUUCUGAACAAACGCAUCGGCUUUGGGAGGAACCCCAUCGUUCUGCUCGGGUUCAUCACCCACAUCAUCGCCUUCUACCUGAUUUUCCUCAACAUCGCCAGCGACGCUCCGCUGGCCCCGGAAGAAGGAACAGAUCUGGAGGCCUUCAUCGCCCCCAGCGUGGGCGUGGCCUUGUUCUGCAGCUUCCUGCUCGGUCUGGGUGACAGCUGCUUCAACACGCAGCUCCUCAGCAUCAUCGGCUUCAUGUUCCACGACAACAGCGCCCCCGCCUUUGCCGUCUUCAAGUUCAUCCAGUCCAUCAUGGCCGCUCUGGCCUUCUACUACAGUAACUACCUGCUGUUGCACUGGCAGCUGCUCAUCCUGGUCGUGGUGGGGUUUCUGGGCACGAUAACCUUCUUUAAGGUGGAGCACAUGGCCAACUCCAGCAGGCGGCAGUCGGACUACGACAGUAUCUGAGCCGGGCCGGAUGACGAGGGCACAGCUGGAGUUUUUUCGCUCUCCACUCGCCCAGGGACGACCGGCCCACAGACUGAUGCUCGCUGUGGGACAUUUAGAUUCUGAAGCCGGGACCAAACGCUCGUCCUGAUCUCAGCAUUUAUCCAAUUAAAUGAAACGGCAUGUGGUGA